UCAGCUGUCAAUGAGGAGGAUGUACAACAGGAGGAAAAUAUGGAGAAUCUAGGAGACAAGUACAGUUUCAACAGGCAGUCUGAAGAAGAACUCCCAGAUAUUGAACGGGGGAAUGUAGAAAUCCCAGAGCAGGAGGACUUAGAGUACACUUGUAGAUGGAUUUCAUCAAACACAGACACAGACACAGUCGGGGAUGAGAAAUGUUGGCUGGACUCAGCAGACUCCAAAAAGAAUUUGAAUUUGAACAGAUGGUCUCCAUAUAAGCUCUGCAUGAACCAAAAAGAAGAGGUAGACUCAGGUAAUAACAUUGUCUCUGUUGUAGAAAACAACCUAGAUUUUGUUCAAAAGGCAAAUACGUCUAUUUUCAUCGCUGGAACUCAUCAUUUGAAUUUUUCACAUUUGAGUUCAGUGACAGAAGAGACACCACAGCUUUGUGGGAGUCAUAUAGAAGAUGGGUUUAGCAUAAUUAACAUAGAUGACAAAAACACGUCCCCACUAAAUUCCACAAAUUCUCCCAGUGAUAUUGGAGACCAUGGGGAGGUAGAUUCUCAUUUCAGCUCGGUGGAUUUCCCCAGUCCUCCACUAAGCAUAGACCUUUAUGUGCAAGAUGAAAAACUGGAAAGUCUAGAUGACUCUUUUCCGAGCCCACCGUCGGAGGCACAGGAGUUCAUCAGUCACAUUAGUGUUGAGGAUUUUAUUGCUUGCACUGAUGCAGAGUCAUACGUUUCCUUAGAAAGCAACAUAGGCAUCUCACAGCCACCGGUACAGCACUUCUCACCUGACAGAGGGGGACACAAAGAGAUCUUGGCUCAACUUCCCACAGUGUGUGUAACGAUGCAUGAUGACAACAACCCCACAUUUAACAGUGAAACUCAAAACAAUUAUAAUAACACGAUACAGAAAAACUCCCCAAUGACACCAUCUCCACCACAGCCCCCCCUCAACACUCUCCCAGAAUUAUUGCUUUCCGAGUGGAAAGAUUUGGAUGAAGAACCUCUGGAGGAUUUUGAAAAACUGGAACAAUUAUGCUGCAUAUCUGGGGAUGAAGGGGACGCCCUGGGAGAGUUGUUCCUAGGAAAGCUCAAGAUCCUAGAAUCUUUAAAGAGAACACCUGACCAGAACACCAUGGAUGAUGAAGAGAAAAGUGAGGAAACAUGUGACCCUACUGCUGCUCCUGAUCUAAGCAACCUUGGUUCCAAGCUGAACAUAAUCUCUGACCAGUCUGAUCUGAUGGGGAAGUCCACCUCCUCUAUUAUUCUGGAUUCACAGGAGAAAAGCAAUGACCUGCUGAGAUCUUUGGUUCAGACGUCUGAAGUCAAAGACCAAGGAUCUCUCUCUAAGAUGACCACAAAGAAUGGCCUGAUGAUGCAGGUGUGUGAAGAAAGGCUGCAGUUCUCUCUCAGUGAAAAUGUGAAAACCAAUGUUCUUUGGGGGGAGACCAUUAAAGACACGGUGAUGCUGCGGCCCUGGGGUGAACCAAUCACAGAGAGCAGCGAGCUGGUCAUUGUCACAGAGCAGAGAGAAGAUGAAAGUAAAAAGGAGGAGGAGAGUGUCUUCACGAUUUGUUCUGAUGAGUCUAAAGCUGAGCCUCUGACUGUGAUGAAGCAUCCUGAAGUCUCAGCAUCUCAGAACACUGCAAAUCAAGCAAUGAAAGCUAAAUUAGCUCGUUUGUCUCUCACCCUCCCUCCUCUUGCUUUGACUCUUCCACCCACUGGUAAAGGAUUUAAUAAUGGGCCAAUUGGAAGUCGGCUUAGCAGGCGGAGAGAUCUGUCAUCGGGGGCGGACUCUGAUGAGGAUGAGGAUGAGCUGGAGGAUGAAGGCACACGCAGAGUGAUUGUGGUCACAGAGACCGACGUGGACAAACGUGUCGGUCUGAGGAGUCUCCUGAAAUCACCAAAGGAACCGAUGGACAGAGAAAAAGACAGAGGGCGAAACGUGUCCUUUUUUGAUGAUGUCACUAUCUAUCUUUUUGAUCAGGAAACCCCAACAAACGAGCUGAGCAUGUCAGCAUCCACCAGUCCUACACCAGUGUCUGUCAAAAGCUCCAAGUUGGACUUACAUGGGCCAAACAGCAAAAGCAAGGAAACUAAAAGGAAAGAUGGUUUAGCAUUAAAGCCAAGGUCGACUGUGGGAGCCAAUCCAGUGACAUCAUCACGCUUCACUGUAAGCCCGGCUGAUGAACCCCAUUUGGUGUGAUGUUUGGGUGACAUCACAGGAACUGUGAGAGCAGAACCUUCUUGGAUUUGUCCCGACAACCAGCCAUUGAACCAGAGGCUAUUUUUUUAAUAAAAAGGUACCUGGAAGAAUGAGACUCCCAUUCAAAAAGCUGGACACAUUCCAGGUUUUACCAGCAAGAUGAUUUUGUAUGACCAAGACUGUUUGUGCUCCUGCCUGCCAUUGUUUACAGAGUUUAAUUACAGCCUGCGGCUUCAAGAAAUCUUUGAUAAAGGCAGUAAAUGUUAGGAAGAAAGUGUGAAACGGAAUUCCAGCAGCUAUGCAGUGAGAGUCUUGCUGUGUACCAGCUUAUCUUUGUUCUGUUUUUAAGCCACCCAAAUAUAAUGGGAAUGCACUUUUCAUGUCCAUUCAUCUGUCUAUUUAAUCAGACUGCUGUCAAGCAGUCGCUUCCUGAAAGAAAUGAUCCAAUAAAGUCACUCAGUGAGUCAGUUAUUCAGCCAGUUGUUCUUGUAGACAGGUGUUGGAACAAGUAACUGCUUUUCUCCUCCAGGAAAUGGAAGAAACUCCUUUACAUUUGUACAAAUAUCAUCAUACAAGUGUAUACAUGAUCCUUUUAGACUUGUUUACUUUUAGAUGUAUUCUUAGACUGCACGGGAAUUCAAACAGCUAUAUUUCUCAAGGGUUUUGUUUCCACUAAAAUUUGUCAAAUCUUGUUUAUUUAUUUAUUUAUUUAUUUAUUUAUCAUUUUCUGCACUUGCCUUUUAUUUGUUUGGGAUAGUAUACCUAUCUAGUUUAUUCUAUAAGAUCCCAUAUAAAAGGUAUAAAACAAAAGUAUUUUCCCAAACAUAUUAAUUGCUAAAAAAGUAUUUUGUAUAAUUAUACUUGCUAGUAUAUGCCCUUCUGUAAGGAACUAUGUCUUGUAAUGUUUAAUUAUUUUCCUUAUGUCUAUGAAUCUGAAGCUGUCUCUUUAACCAUGUUUAUUGACAUUAAUGAAGCUCAGCAUGGAAAUGUGCAGCCUUUCAUCAGUAAAUAAUGUGUAUUUGUUACGUUAUGCCAUUUUCUACUUAGAAGAUUCCAUCAUGCAGUCCAGUUUCACAUAGUCUGUUCAGAUUUGUUUAGUCAGAUUAAAUGUUGUUUUCAAACAUGUAUUGUUUAAAAUGGUUUUCAGGGGAUGAUGUAUAAAUGGAAAAUAAAAACUACAAAAAAUUAUGCUGUUGCUGAACUUUUAAAGACAAAAAUCAUAUGGAGUUUAGUAUUUGUCACAGCCAGAGAACAACAUAAAAAACCCCCACCGUAACAACAACAAUAAGGCACAAUGUGAAAUGUAAACCUUUUAAAAUAUGCACAAAUAUAAUAGA